GUGGUGUACUUUACCGUCGCACUGGUCCGUCCGUCGGCGUGUGUUGGUGUGCGUGCGUAUUGUGCGUGCGUGCGUGUUGCCAGUCGACGCCGCCUCCGACAGUCCGACGUCAGUGUGCCGCCGCCGCAGUAGUAAACCGUCGUCCUUCCCCCCGCGCGCACACACUUUAUUUUCGCGACACUACAUAUAUACGUUACGGUUUUUUUUUUUUUUUUUUCCUCUCUCGUUCCGUCUUGUUCCGGUCGUUUCGUCCGCGCCACCACACACCACCGGCCACCCGAACGCGGAAUCGUAACAUGUCCUCCUGACCGAACCGACGGGACGCGACAUAUUAUCAUCUCGAUCGAGACACUGCCGAUAUCGCACCCGAGCGUCGCGCAACAACACACUUUUCGCCUGACAAGCGGCGGCGUGAAGCACAGCCGUCGUCGAUCGAUCCGGAUCUCGCCACCUCUUCUCCCCCCCGCCCGCCGUCAAGGGGCAGCGCUGUUCUUGUACAGAUAAGUAAAUACUAAAAAUAUGGCUGACAUAGAAGCUGAACCACCACAGAGCAAUGGUUAUGCAAAUGCCAAUGAUGAUGAUGAUGAACGUGGAAAAAUGAGACCAGCAGAUAUUGAUGCUGAUGUAAGAGAAAUGGAACGACGGAAAAGAGUAGAAAUGAUAAUGAAUUCUCGUUUAUUUCGUGAAGAAUUAGAAAGAAUAAUUGAAGUUCAAAUGAAAGAUGGUGGUUCUGUUCCUGCUGGGCUUUUACAACAAAUUUCAGAAAUGAUGGGCGGGCGUCAAUCAGGAGGUUCUAAAUCUUCAAAUUGUGUGGUUCCAAUUAAUGAUAUUCGUGGUGUAGAAAGUAUGGGAUAUGCCAAAGGUGAAAAAAUUAUCAGAUGUAAAUUAGCAGCUGUAUUCAGAUUAAUGGAUUUAUAUGGCUGGACCCAAGGAAUCUAUAACCAAGUUUCUGCCCGAUUAAAUCAAGAAGAAGAACAUUUUUUAGUUAGCCCAUAUGGUUUAUUAUGUAAUGAAGUGACAGCCUCUAGCUUAAUUAAAGUGGAUAUGCAAGGAAAUGUUAUGGAACCUGGGACUACUAAUUAUGGAGUAAACAUAACAACAUUUCAACUUCAUGCUGCUAUUUAUGCAGCAAGGCCUGAUUUAAAAGCUAUCAUCGAUGUACAAGUAGGACCUGUUUUGGCCGUAUCAUCAUUACGUUGUGGCUUAUUGCAUAUAAGUAAAGAAAGUGCAUUGAUUGGAGAUGUCUCGCAUUAUGCAUACCCAGGAUCUACUGUAGAUCCGGAUGAAAAAGACAAAAUUGCUAGAAGCUUAGGGCCUAUUAAUAAGGUUAUAUUUUUCACUAAUCAUGGUGCAGUUUGUUGUGGUGAAUCGAUAGAAGAAGCAUUUUACAACGCUUAUAAUAUAGUUACAGCUUGUGAAACACAGUUAAAAGUAUUACCUGUGGGAUUAGAUAACAUUAUGACAAUGACUGAAGAACAGUGCAAAUUCAUUUAUGAUGCUGCUAGGACUCCACCAGAAGGUACAUUACCUUCUCCGUUACCUGCAGGAGGAGCUGUUGCAGAUAAACGUUGGAGAGUUGGAGGUCUUCAAUUUGAAGCUCUUAUGAGAAUGCUAGAUAAUGCAGGAUUCCGCACUGGUUAUAUAUAUCGGCAACCACUUAUUAAAGGUGAACCUCCUCGCCCCCGUAAUGAUGUUGAAGUACCACCAGCAGUUUCUUCUCUUGGAUAUUUAUUAGAAGAAGAAGAGUUGUAUAAAAAUGGGCAAUGGAAAAAAUAUUAUGAUGGCCGCAAAUCAACUGAUAGAACAAAAUGGUUAAAUUCACCAAAUGUCUACCAAAAAGUGGAAGUUCUUGAAACUGGAACAUCAGAUCCUAAAAAAAUCACUAAGUGGGUAUCUGAAGCUUCUCCAAAUUCAAGUACGCCUUUUAAAAUUGAAGGACCUCUACAAUUUGUUCCAAAAAAUACUAAUCCAAAAGAGUUCAAAAAACUACAGCAACAAAUUAAAGAAAAUCGAAGAGCUGAUAAAAUUACUUCAGGGCCCCAGUCCCAAAUUUUAGAUGGUGUUUCUUGGGAGGAAGCUAAAAAAUUACAAGAUGCUAACAUAAACACAAACAAUGAUCAAGUUAUUUUGGUGGGUGCUGCGUCUAAAGGAAUUAUACAACGUAAUUUUCAACAUAAUGCAACUGUUUACAAAACACCUUAUGCAAAGAACCCAUUUGAUGCUGUCACCGAUGAAGAAAUAGAAUAUUAUAAAAAUUCUGUUGAGAGGAGUACAAUUGAUAAGGAUCAAAUAAUUGAUAUUAAAGAACAAAUGGAUAAUGUUCACUUUUCACCAGCCAGGCAAACUGAAGCAUUUAUUAUUAGUGAAACCGAAGAUGAUAGUAGAGCAGAAGCCAGAGUAUUGCAAGUGGAAAGAAAAUCGGUGCUGAAACCUGACCAAGCUGAAUUUGUUCUAAGUGAAGUACAAGACGAGUAUGACAUAAGUAAUUGUAAAGAAACUACUAUUAAACCUAUGUGGAUUACAUUACCAUCUACUGCUAAUAAGAUAAACGUUCAAGAAAUUUGUAAGAAAAGUGAAAAUAGUGAACAUUUAACAAGUGAAAAUACAUACAAUGGAGACCAAUCAGAUGCUCAUCAAAGCACAUUUUCAAGUAGUAAAGAGGGGUCACCCACUAAAGAAAUGUCCACUGAAGAUUCUUCACACAAGGACAAGAAAAAGAAGAAAAAAGGAAUUAGAACACCAUCGUUCCUUAAGAAGAAAAAAGAAAAAAAGAAGAGUAUUCCAGCUUAAUAACUAUAAUACGCAGACAACCGCUUUGGCGAACACAGCUUUGGUCAACCAGCACUAUAAAUAGUCUGUAGCUCAUUUAGUCAUUCAAUCAUCUUUUAAUAAUUUUGGACUCAACAGACUAAACCAUUACAAUUUUGACACCAGUGUCUAUUCAUUUUCCUUAAGUUAAUAGAUAUUUAUUUAAUCAAGUGCAUUAAAUAGAUGCAAUUAGUAACUAGUAAAUAAGAGUAAUCCUAUUUAUUUUUAAUGUCAUACAUAGAUUUGGCUCUAUUCAACAAAUUAAUCUAACGAUAAAUAUAUUUUAUUUAUUUAUUUUUUUUUUUUUUUGCUUAUGAAAUUAUUGUUACCAAAUUUUAAACUUUUUUUACAUUUAUUUCUAUAUUUAUAAAAAAUAUAUAGAUAAGCUUGAGAGUAAUUUAAAAAUAUUCUGGAAAUAUAAUGUACCAAUAUACAAUUACAUGUAUUCAAUUUUAAUUUCAAACAACUUAAACAGUACGUCCUGAUAACAUAAAUUAAAAAAAAAAUAAUUGAUUUAUUUUUUCUUUAAGUUUAGUAGGUCUUCAGUAUUAAUUUAUGUCCAAUUCGUGAAUGACUGUGGGAACAGAUUACUGAGUUAUUAUUAGUUAAUAUGUUACAUAAAAUUGUAAUACAAUUUUGAUCAGUUAAUUUACUUUAAAAUUAAUAAUUAAACCACGGGUCUAACUAUGAUCAAUAGGUGUCAAAUUUGACAAAAAAAAAAAAUCCGCUCUUUAAGUGAGUAUGUACUUGAAUGCUAUAUUCAUUUUUCCUAAAAGUAUAUUAUCGUAAUUAUUGCAACUUGUACUUUUUGUACAUUUCUAACCACAACAUUUUUAAAUAUUUAUCAUUCUCUUCAGCUUAAAAAUUCUUAAAUGUAUGGUUUUUUUUUUUUUUUUACUAGAAUUGUUAUUGAAAAGAUUAACUAUGCAUUUAAAUUUAUUUUUGUAACGUGGCUGCUAAUACGGUAUCUGAAACUCGUAUAUAUAUAAAUAAUUAUUUGUGAUAAAAAAAGUAUAUAUAUAUAUAUUAAAACUACUUUAUACCGUUCAUGUGAUCAUGAAAUUUACAUUGUGCAUAAAAUAAACUAAGAAAAAUGUUGGUGCAAGUAGAUUAGACAAUAUUAUGCACUUAAAUUUAGUUUUAUCUUAUCAAUUUGUCUGUUGCCAUUCAUCCUUGUCUGUUUGUAUCCAAAUUAUACUCUAAAAGGGUAAUACUAAAUCAUAUAAAUAUUUAUAUGAACAUUCAGACCAUCUAUUUAAUUUAUUGUAAUGUACAUCACUUAGAUUGUAAUUUUAUGACCAUUGGCAUCAAUUGCCAUUUUUUUUAUGUUUGUAGACAUUUAUUUGCUAUUAUUUUUUAAAUAACAGCCAAAUUGUAAAAACUGCCCUAAUUAACAAAUUAUAAUCGUGAGAAAUUAAUUAUACUUUUUUUAUACCUAUUUAUUUGUUAUAAAGAUUUUUAAUUAUUAUUUUUAUUUACAAAAUAUAUAAAUAUAUAUUCUCGGUAGUGUUAUGUAAAAAUCUUAUUAAUUAUAGAUAUAUUAAAAUGUUAUUUAUAACGUUUAUUUCAUUAUCUGUUUCAAUAAAGAGGUCUUUGAAUAAUUACAAUCGGAAUAUACAUUUAUAUAUUUAUAUACACUCGUAUAAACGCCACAUAAUAUAUUUUUUUUUAUUAUUAUUAUUUUCGUUACUUUUUUGCACAAAAAUUAAAACCGUAAACAUUUGUCUGUAAUAAUAAUUGUUUUGUGAGGCUUAGAGAAUUUUAUAAUUUUAAAAUAUUUAUUUAAUAUUUAAAGAGUGUAUUACGAUUGUGUUAAAAUGUACUGCAAAUCUAUUGAUAAAUGGACUAGGUAGCUUAAACUUUCUAUGUUGUGAUCAUUUAUAAAUGUAUACAAUAACUUUUUAUGUCUAUGCCUGCCACAAACGCCUGAUGUGUAUUUAUCGCAAUAACACAAAUAGCCAAGUUUGUUUUAUAUUUUUUAAUUUUAUUUCCUUUGCAUAUUGAUUUCACGAUAAUUAUUAAAUCUCCAUUCUUUAAUUGACUUAAUUUAUAAUUAUCGCUUUAUUGUCAAUAUUCAUAACAUUUGUAACACAAAUUCAUCAUAUUAAUUUUAAGCUUAAAAAAAUUAUUGUUUAAUUUAAAAAUUUUUUAUUAUUAUAAAUAUUUAUUUUGUUUUUGUGUUCCUUUUUUUGGAUUUUAUUUUGAUUUCAAAUUUUUAAAAUAUUUUCAAAACCUAAGCUGUAUCAUCAAUAUAUUGCUUUGUAUCAGUAA